CCUCACACAUGCCAUGUGAGCGCGCACUCAGAGAGAUGCCAUUAAUUAUAUAAUCAGAUCGAUCAAGAUGGAGAAAGAUCUAACAGAGAGGGGAAUAAAAGUAUACAACCAAAAGAGCAGUACUGAUCAUUAUAUCAUCUUUCAUUCUUUCUUGCUUUGAUGCAUGAGUUUUUACUCGAAUCAUUAUCCAUGCGUACUGAGAUACAUAUAUACAUAUAUAUAACAUACAUGCACACACAUGAUAUAUACGGGAAAGCUGAAGAGCAGUCUGUAUUAAUUUAUCACUUCCUUGCUUUAAAGAGUGUUUGUUUUUCUGAGAGCGAGAAUUGCAAGAAAAUGCUCAUACUGUGGGGAUAUGGGCCAUAAUUUAAGGACUUGCAUCACUCAUAAAAUGAGUCUUACGGGUAAUAAGUACUUUAGGCUAUUUGGUGUGCAACUUGACCUUUCUUCUUCUUCUUCUUCUUCUGCGUCAUCUUCUUUUGUUAUGAGGAAGAGUUUUAGCAUGGAUGGCCUGUCAAAUUGGUUUACACUCUCUUCAUCAUCGUCUUCUGACCUUACUACGGACGGAAAGUUUCCUCAAUGUAAUGAAUUUAUCUCUGAUGGCGUCGUCACGGCCACAAGAAAUCGGAAAAGAAAGAAGGCUGUGCAAUGGAGUGAGGAGGAGCACCUGGCCUUUCUGGCUGGGCUUGAAAAGCUGGGAAAGGGAAAUUGGAGGGGCAUCUCUACAAACUUUGUGACAACAAGAACUCCAACACAAGUAGCCAGCCAUGCACAAAAACAUUUUCUUCGACAGAUCGAGACCUGCCCCAACAAAAGAAAGCGCAGCCGACCCAGCCUCUUUGAUGUGAGAAUGGCCAAAUUCACUGAUCCUCAACUGGUUAGCACAAGCGUGUUCGAGCCAAUAAGCAGUAGUAGGACUGUCGUCAUGACCGAAGCUUCUGUUGAUCCAUUAAUGGAGUCUUCAUCGAAGAUAUCAAGUUCUGCAGUACUUGACUGCAGCACUGAAUCACAGAUUAAUUAAUGGAAGAAAUUGGCCAAUCUGAUGAUCAUAAUGCAUUCUUAUUUGAGUCUUCCCACUUCAGGUUUGACAUAGCUUGCUAGCCCAGUACUAGUACUACUCUUGAUCAAAGUGCGAAACUUCAUGAUCAUCAUGAUUAAGAACUAAUAGUACUUGCAACUCAUGCACUCUGAUCAUGUCAAUGGAAGAAAGUAAUUAAACUCUGUUCUCAGGGGAAGUACUGUAAAUGGAUAUAUAUAUUGGAAUGAUCUAUGCAUAUUGUCAUCCC